UCACCAUUCCCUUUACUGAACAGUUUGAUGGGGCGUCGGGCGGAUGACAGCGGGAACGGUUGUGAUCACCGGCGGAAUCCUGGCUACUGUGAUCCUCCUCUGUAUCAUCGCGGUCCUGUGCUACUGCAGGCUCCAGUAUUACUGCUGCAGGAAGAGCACCGUGGAGGAUGCAGAUGAGGACGAGGAGGAGGAGCACGACUUUCCCACCCGUCCCAGAGUGUCUACCUGCAAUGCCUGCAGCUCCCAAGCCCUGGACGGCAGAUGCAGCCUGGCACCUCUCACUAUUGAGCCCUGCAGCCAGCCAUGUGGGGCGGCAGCCAGCCACUGCACCACUUGCUCCCCAUACCACUCCCCCUUUUACAUACGGACGGCUGACAUGGUGCCCAAUGGGGGUGGAAGUGAGAGGCUCUCCUUUGCUCCCACCUACUACAAAGAGGGGGGACCCCCCUCUCUCAAAUUGGCAGCACCCCAGAGUUACCCGGUGACCUGGCCAGGCUCUGGGCGUGAGGCCUUCACCAAUCCAAGGGCUAUUAGUACAGAUGUGUAA